UUCACAAGACACCGCCACUUAAACCAUCCCCAGAUGCUGAAGUAACCUGAGCUUCUCCUUGUCUAGCUAUCAGACUUUCAGGAUGGAUUGCAUCAUCUCUUAGUAAGUGCCAAGCCUUGGGAUGAAGAGGACCUGCCAUUGCCCCAGGGAAUGCCUGGGCCACAAGCAGGCGUACAGGCAUGGCUGGCUGGAGAUGGGGGCUGGAAAUGGAGCACAAAGGGGUGAGAGCCUGGUUGGGGCACACGGCUGCCAUCCGGGGUAUCUGGUAGUUGGACACCUACCGCCCCCACCCCCAGGAUGCUGCCACCCGAGGCCAAGGCUACAGAGCAGGCCUUUGUUUUCAGGGGUCAGCGUGGAGUAGAUGAAGUACUUCCACGGAGCCCUGGGGUAAACCGAGCCAGCCUCUGGACGGGGAUGUCCUGGGACCCCAACAUUGGAGCCUCCUAUGUAAAACGUCUAUUGCUUACCAUACUGCCUCCCCAACCCCACUUUGGGGGAACCUAAAGUGAUUCUGCUGUGUAGCUGCAUCACCAAAGAAUUAAGCCGGUCCAAGGGAGGGGCUCCUUGGACUGGGGGCCAGAUGACCAGCUUCAUCUGGUCCUGGGGAGUUCUGGGGAAGAUGCCUCCUCUGAUGGGCACAAAGGGGCAGGGUGGUGGUUUCUGGGGCUCUCACCCACUCUACUGUUUCCAUGUCACUUAUUCUGCUUGGGGGAAGGGUGCCCCGAGAGCCUGGCGUCCUGGUGUCUGAGACACCAUUGCCUGGGCCACCGCAGCCUAGGGCGUCUGUGGUGCUGUCAGCCUUGUCGGCAGAGACCAUCCGCCAGUGCCCAGUCUUGCCAGGAAGAAGGCAGGGUCCCUUUAAGCCUUGCCUCAUUCGUCAGUUUGUUGCUAUGUAUGAGACCAACUUCCUUAGCAACCAGUUAGCCUCUUAAAGGGGCCUUGGAGUAGCAGUUGCCACUAGCCAUGGCUCCCAAAAAGAAGGCAAGUAAGGGGGCCAAGGAACCCAAGGUCAAGAAGAAAGGCGGCAAGGAUUCCAGCAUGGUCAUGGAAAUGCCUUUAACCGAGGAGACCCGGGAGUUCUACCACAUCCAGAUCCGAGACCUGGAGGACAGGCUGGCCCGGUACCAGCGGAAGUGGGAUGAGCUGGCCAUCCAAGAGAAGCUGUUGCGCCAGGAGUUUGAGCAGUUGGCCACCAACAAAAAGGAGAUCGUGGCCUUUCUCAAGCGCGCACUCAACCAGCGGGUGGAUGAGAUCACCGACCUCAACAAGCAGCUCCAGAGCAUACAGCUGGCCAGGGAGUUGGAGAAGGACGCCUUCGAGGCACAGCUAGCCCAGGUGCGCCACGAGUUCCAGGAGACCAAGGACCAGCUCACCACAGAGAACAUCAUCCUUGGUGGGAAGCUGGCAGCCCUGGAGGAGUUCCGGCUGCAGAAAGAGGAGCUCACGGAGAAACUCACACGGCUGGAGGACCAGCUGCAGAAGCAGGGGAGUGAAUACAAGGACUACGUGUACAACCUGGAGAAGAAAUCAGUGCUGGAUAAGGACAGACUGAGGAAGGAGAUCAUCCAGCGUGUGAACCUGGUGGCCACUGAGUUCCGCAAAGUGGCCACUGACCAGAUGUGGGACACAACAAAGCGGGUCAUCCAGGAGAACAACACCAUGACCUUGCAGCUGUCCAAGGUCUCCCGGCACGGCAUGCAGCUUCUGCAGGAGAACGAACAGCUCAGGGGCGCCCAGGACAAACUGUGCAAAGAGCUGGAGGUGCUGGAGAGCACCAAGAAAAUCAUGGCCAGCCGCAGCAGAGGCCACCACAAGAUCAUCCUCAUGCUGAGGGAGAAAUGCCAGGAGCAACAGAAGGACAGAGUGGAGGCGGAGCGGCUGCGCCUCCUGCUGAGCCCACUGGAGCAGAGCCUGAAGCAGCUGCAGAACGACAAGGAAGCACUGAGGAGCCAGAGAGAAGAGCUGAACUUGCAGCUGCAGCAGCAGCAGGCCGAGGCGCAGCAGCUACAGCAGGAGCUGACCAAAGAGCAGAAGGUUCGGGCAAGCCUGGAGACGGCCCUGGCCCAGGCCACCUCCUUCCUACAGGACAUUCUGCAGAUGCAACCAGAGCCAGAAGAUGGUGAUUCUGAUGCAGAGUUCCAGCUGCAACACAAGGAGAUGCUGCAGCAACUGCUGGCCGUGCUCAGCUCAGCCAUGGUCCUAAGCCCCCAGAUGGCUGCGUGUCCCCGCCGGGAGAGCCAACCUCAUGGCCCACCCAAGGAGAGCACCCAGCCACCCAAGAUGGCGUGUCUGCUGCAGCCACUGUCCAGCAUCACACCCUACCAGCUGGGGGACCUGGGCCUGGUGCCUCGACGGGCCCGCAUCCCACCCAACCCUGAGGACCUCAGGCUGCUCUCUCAUAACACCCGUGUGGGAAUCUUCCACACACACAGCAGCUCUGAGAUCCACACCUCUGGUUCUCCAAAGAGGUUCAAAAAGUUUAGUCUUCCUGACGUUUCCUUACUUUCCAAGUAAGACACAGAGAGAAGACCAACCCCUUCCCAGAAACGGACUAAUCCAGCUACAGUCCCCCC